AUGGCAUCCGACAGUGACGUGAAGAUGCUGCUAAACUUCGUGAACCUGGCAUCCAGUGACAUCAAGGCAGCCCUGGACAAGUCCGCGCCCUGCCGCCGCUCCGUGGACCACCGCAAGUACCUGCAGAAGCAGCUCAAACGCUUCUCCCAGAAGUAUUCCCGGCUCCCGCGGGGUCUCCCCGGCAGAGGGGCCGAGCCUCACCUGAAAAGGGGGCCCGAGGACCGGCCCGGGAGGCCGCUGCCCCUUGAAUCUGGCCACGGUUCCAGCCCCGGCGGGGGUGGGGGCUGCAAGGAGAAGGCGUUGGGGAACCCGGACCGGGAGGAAAGCCUCUCUAAGGAGCGGACCCUCCAUGGGCCGGAUCCAGGAGCUGCCAGGCCUGGCCAGGUGCCCAUGAGGAAAAGACAGCUGCCUGCUUCCUUCUGGGAAGAGCCACGGCCCACCCACAGCUACCCUGUGGGGCUGGAGGGGGGCCUGGGGCCCCGGGAGGGACCUCCCUACGAGGGUAAGAAACACUGUAAAGGCUUGGAGCCCCUGGGGCCCGAGACCGCCCCGGUGCCCGCCUCCCCCAGGGCGCUGGCUGAAAAGGAGCCGCUCAAGAUGCCCGGGGUCUCCCUGGUGGGCCGCGUCAGUGCCUGGAGCUGCUGCCCCUUCCAGUACCAUGGACAGCCCGUCUACCCAAGCCCUCCAGGCACCCUGCCCCAGAGCCCGAUGCCCAGCCUGGGCCUCUGGCGGAAAAGCGCGGCUUCCCCUGGCGAGUUGGCCCACUUCUGCAAGGACGCGGAGGGCCCGGGGCAGAAAGUGUACAGACCUGUGGUUCUGAAACCCAUCCCCACUAAGCCGGCUGUGCCUCCACCCAUCUUCAAUGUCUUUGGCUACCUCUAG